AUGACAGCAGGUACCUCUGAUGCUAUAGUAGAAGCCAUCUUGCAGCAAUUGAAACGUGAUAAUCUGAAGACGGAGAAGCUCUUAGGUCUAGGAGUUGAUGGAGCCAGUGUAAACGUUGGUAUACAUCAUUCGGUAACGACGAUAUUGCGGAAUAUCAAUCCCGAUCUUAUUGUGAUCAAGUGUAUUUGUCGUUCAUUACAUCUCGCAGCUGAAGAAGCUUGUAAAGUCUUGCCAAGACAUCUUGAUUUUAUGGUACGCGAAACACAUACAUGGUUCUCCGUUAGUAGUAAACGUCAACUCGAAUAUGCAAACAUUUUUCGUACUCUCAAUAAUAAUAUACCUAAAAAGAUUGUUAAGCUAUCAAACACUCGAUGGUUAGUGAGGCUCCAGGCUAUUAAUGCUAUUCUCGAUCAAUGGGAUGAACUACAGCUACAUUUUAAAAUUACAGCAAGUAACAAAGAACGCUGUUAUACAGCUUUUCAACUACAUAGCAUGUUCUCAACGCCUGAGAAUAAAUUGUAUUUGAAUUUUGUCAGUUCGACUCUGCAAAACAUCGUGAAGCUAAACAAAUUAUUUUAA